AUGGAUCGAGUGCAGGCAUUCGCCCCCACAUCGCCCGUUCUCGACCGUAAUCAGUGUGCUGACUUCGUCCUGUCUCUUAUUUCUACUAGCGCUAGCUUCACGCCUUUCGCGCAGCGCACCCAGCAGUUGAUCAAAGAGCAACUGGGCCAGGCCGAAGACAAGACACAGCUCCCCGAUGAGUACAUCGAGCUCGAGAAGCGCGUCGAUGCGCUGAAGCUUGUCCACCAGAAGCUCCUGUCGGUGACCUCUCAAUACUCCAACGAAGCCUACGAUUACCCUCCCAACAUCCGCGAGUCCUUCAAUGAUCUGGGUCGCACGAUCAACGAGAAGGUCAGCCUGCUCUCGCAGGCUGGUUCGCCCGCGGAAGCCCAGGCUGCGCUGACCGCACCUCCUUCCGCUAAGCCCCAGCCUAAGACGUUCAACCAUGCGAUCGCCCGCGCCUCGCUCGCCGGCUCCCAGACCCUGGUGCAGAGCACCGAGGGCGAGGACCCGCUCGCCACCGCGCUGGAGAAGUACGCCCUGUCCGAGGAGAAGGUCGGCGAGGCCCGUCUGGCCCAGGAUGCCCAGAUCCAGUCACGCUUCCUGGCUGGCUGGAACACCACCCUGAACACCAACUUGAUGUUCGCCGCCAAGGCCCGCAAGAACGUGGAGAACGCCCGUCUUACUCUGGACUCGGUCAAGGCUGCUAAGAAGGCUGCCGCCCGGGGCGACCUGGACAACUUGAGCGAGGAUGCCCGUGCCGAGAUUGAGCAGGCGGAGGAUGAAUUCGUCGGCCAGACUGAGGAGGCCGUGAGCGUGAUGAAGAACGUCCUUGAUACUCCCGAGCCCCUGCGCAACUUGGCCGAUCUGAUUGCCGCCCAGCUAGAGUUCCACAAGAAGGCUUACGAGAUCCUCAGCGAGCUCGCCCCUACCGUGGAUGCUCUGCAGGCCAGCUACCGCAAGAGCCGUGAGGGUGCGUAA